AUGAGGAGAGCUGAUGCUAGGAUGAAACGUGAGGCAUUAGAAAGAGGUGAGAAGGCUUUGGAAGAUAGGACUGUUGGUGAAGGUGAAAUCAAGGUUGAGAGUCAGGAAGAAACUGAGAAACAAACUCCAGCUAAGACACCUAGCCAGGGUUCUGCCAACAAACAGCUUUUGCCACCAACGGAUCCUCCUCCUGAUCCUCCUGCUCUUGGAAAUGGCGGCUCUCCUUCCGAGAUGGAUGAGAAGAAAACGGCCGUCGACAAGGGAGAUGGCACGAUGGUUGGCCCUGGAAUGCCGAAGGUUCUGGAUGUGGCGACUCCAGGAGGAGAGUCGGCGGGAUCGGCUAGCAUGACUGAGUCAGCUAGGCAGUUGUUUGGCCCCCUGUUUUCUGAUGAGCAGUUGAGACAGUUUGCCUUCAUCCAAAGCCAGGCACCAUGGUUGUAUGGGAUUCAGCAGUCAGCAUUCAAUCCUCCUGUUCACCGUCCUGCAUUUCUAGAGCAAGAUGCGUCAAGGGUUUUGCACGGCCAGAUGGAAAAGGAAUUGGAGUUGGUUAGGAUGCAGUCUGCAAAAGAUAAGGAGGACUUCAAAAGGCAGAUUCAAGAACUAGUAGAAGAGAAUCAGCGUUUGAGGUCUAGAUCACAGGCGUUUGAGAAGGGUUCGAAAGAUGAAGAGCCACGUUUUUCAACACCUGAGGAACAGAAUUUGCAUUUGAAGCCAGGAACUGAAGACGAGGAUUCGGCUUGGCUGCAUCGUUGUGAAGUUGAGGAAAGGGAAGAAAAGGAGGCUGCGAGACCCCCAUUCCUCCCUGAGGCUAGUCGAAACGAGAGUAAUGCUGUUACAUCCGGGGACGCCGGACAAGCAUUCUCUCGACAGACUGCCACAUCCGGCAAUGCCGGACAAGCAGUUUCUAGACAGGCUCAAACAGCGUCUGCUGCAGAGCUUGAGACCCCAAAGGAGGCUGCCAGACCCCCACAGAAGGAGCGAGCACCAGAAGCCAAAAAUGCGAGAGGCGCUUCAACGGGUGGAGAUGCUGGCUUGUCAGAGAAAUCAUUGGAGUUCAUGAUGAUCAUGAUGGAGAUGAUGAAAGAUCUUCACAAAAGGGUCACCGAGAACAAAGAGGAGACCGGCAUGAUUAGAGGAGUUGAGGUGGGGAGAACUGGCAUACCUGAUAGGCCAGCUCUUCCGCAGUGGUCUGCGCAUCAAGGGCCAUUGCAACUGGGCGAUUGGCUGUUGACUUUGGAGCCGAUCGUUGCAGACCUUUCGGCGAGCUCCGAGCUUUGGUGGUCGCUGAUGAUCAAAGCCUCUGAACAAUGGUAUCAGCGGCACAUGGCAAUGCUUGAACGCAGGGUGGCUGCGAUGCUGUUGCAGGCCGUGCCAGAGACGGUCAAAGAAGAGUUGGUAUCAGCCAGAAGGCUGAGUGUCUUUGGGAUCCUGACUCAGUUGCUGUUGACGUAUUGCCCGGGAGAGGUGCUGGAGAAACAAACCCUCCUGCGCAACCUUGAGGACCCGGUAGAGGUCGCAUCAAUCAGUGAUGCACCAGCUGCCAUUAGAAAGUGGUUGAGGUGGAAGCUGAGGACGCAGGGGAUUGGAGCAGCGACCCCCGAUCCAGCUAUCCUCUUGAAGGGGUUGAACAAGCUGACGAAGCGGGUGCUUGAGGCGCACAAGGAGCUUCAGUUCCGAGUCAGUUUGGCCAGGAACUCUUUGGGUGUUGACACACGCCCGACCAACGUUUCAGUUGGACAAUUUGCAACUCACCUUUUGGCGGAGAUUGAGCAGGUUGCCUUGUCAGAGAAGCGGGCUGCUGCUGUGACUUCGAAGGUGGAGCCAAAGAUCAAGUCCAUGGAUGCGGAGAAAGGGAAGCAGAAGGAGAAAGAGAAGUCAGGUGAGGAGGAAAGGCCAAAGAUGAAGUGCCGCUUCUACUUGACUGACUCAGGAUGCAGAAGAGGCAAGGAGUGCACUUUUAGCCACGACGUCAAGGAUGAGAAGCGUCGUUGCUACACCUGCGGAAGCACCGAACACCUUGCCCCAGCUUGCACAAGAUCUCGUGGACCUUCUUCAGAAUCCAAUCCCACGAAGCCAAGGGUUGCCGAGGGGGAGGAAAAAGGAGGCCAACAAGGUGCUGAAGUCGUUGUCGAGUUCUACAAGCCAGACAUCACCAGCGUUUGGUCUAUCUCCAGAGGCGAAGACACUGAGCUCUACCUAGUGGUGGAAGUUUCUUUGACCGAUGGUCGUGCAGUGAGGCUGAAGAUGUCUCCUGGCGGUGCCAUGAUUUCGCCAUCAGAGGCGAUUGAACCAAUCAUCCCCAUGGGAAUGCUGUCACAGAAGCUGAAUUGCAGAUCCUUGUCGGCUGAGAGCUUAGCAGUCAAACGCACUGCAGACGAGUUGGCAUCAAGACACGUCCAUAAGUUGACUUCGGACUUGAAACAGCCUUGGCAGAAGGGACCAUUAGCAAGUUUAUUUGCUAGGAGCUUUGCAGGUACCCUGUGCUCAGACUCAGAGUUGUCUCAGGUUUUCAUGGAUGUUUUCUCACCGAAGGCCACAGGAACAAUCUUGAAGAGGGUGACGGGAGCAGCACAUUCUUGCUACAUGACCAAGAGGUUCAGGAAACCUGCACAGGUGCUUAAGGUUGCUGAGAUAGCUGCACUGGAGGACAUAUGUUUGAAUGACCCAGAAUUGCAUCGACGACUGAUUGCUGGACAUUUGCUGUUUUGCUUUGCUGCCGCGGCAAGAUGGCAUGACUCAAUGUAUGUCAUUUCAAUGGAGAUAUCAACAACAGGACCUGUCACCCUUCUUGAAGCCAUGACUUCAAAGCACAAGUCAUCGCGUGGAAAGGAGCAACAAAUGGAGCUUCUGCCAUUUACUGCGCUGGGUCAUGUUACAGCUGAGGACUCAUGGGGGGACAGCUGGAUGAAGUCACGUUAUGCCGCAGACGUUGGAUCUUGGAAUUACUUCCUGAAUUCUUGGUCGGAAAGCGACCACACGUGGAUAGACUCCCGCAUGUCCACAGCAGAGGCAACUGGUUGGCUUCGUGAAUUGUUGGAGCCCCAUGUUGGAGGUGACAGAGCCUCAUCUCUGACAGUGCAUGGAUUGAAGGCUACCUUGUUGAGCUGGGCGGCCAAAAGCACCCUUUUCACAGCGGAUGAGCAAUUGGCAUUGGGACAUCAUGUCAACGCCCAAUACAGGUCUGCCAUGAUCUACUCACGGGACAACCAGAUUGGCUUGUGCAAGAAGGUUCAUGCAAUGUUUGCGCGUAUCAGGGAUGGCACCUUUGACCCAGAUGCGACCAGGGUCAGUCGUUUGUUCCAGCUGGCUUUUGAGACAGCUCUUGAGAGAGAUGGAGGCAGCAGUGACAGCAGCUCCAGUAAUUCAGAGGAUGCAUCCUCUGUGGCCUCGUCAAAUGGAGAGCAGUCAAGCUUGGGUCAGAAGACCACGUACAGACGUUUGGAGGCUGACGACAUUGAAGCUGACCAAUGUUUGAUCAACAAAAGCUCAAAGGUAAUUCACCUGCUGGCCGGAGAGGAUGAGAAAUUCUGGUGUGGCAGGAGCCCCACGGCUUCUUUCAGCAGGGCCUCGAGGGACGAGAUAUCAACACCUGAGGUGGUGGUUUGCGCGAGCUGUUCACAUGCUUACCGUGCUGCGAGGAGAAAAUUGGGGGUGGGGGCGCUACGCAGCGUUGCCGGAGCGAUGUUCCCCGGGCUGAGAGCCGAGAUAAGUGAAAUCUUGGCUCUGGACUUCUGCAAUCUCCAGGUGCUGCACGAAGCCCUGGAUCAGCCCGGAGGUUUGGUAGCUUUGGCUGAAUAUGUGGCAGCAAGGUUGGGCGAAGAACAGUUGAUGAUCGCCCGAGAUCUGCGGCAGUUCAAAGAACACACCGGCCGCGACAUGCAGAGGGAGCGGCGCAUGAUGUGCCGUAGACUGGUGCGGCCGCGUUUGGAAGAGCCAACUGUCUCAGCGGAGGACUUACAGGAGACUUUCAGCAGUUUGCUGAAAAGGGAAGCAGUGCCGAUCCGGCAGGUGCGGAAAACCAGGCUCAGUCAGAACCUUACCCUAGAGGUGGGGAAUCCGCUGCAGGUGGCGGAGGAGGAAAGAGUUAGAUGGGCUUUGAUACUGUCGGAGUACAUCCUCGAAGCGGGAUUACCAGUGGUCUCGAUGAUCCAGGAAACUGAGGACCAGAAGAAAGGGUGGUGCCGUAUAUUUGGCAGUAGGAGAGCAAAAACCCUCAGAAACCGAGCUACCACGUGGAAGCGCUACUACAUCUGGUUGGUCCUCAAUCGGGUCCGGCAUUGGCCGAAGCAACUUGGAGAUGUGACCGAUUAUCUAGAAGGUCGCCUUGAAGAUGGAUGUGGCCCCACCGCUCCUCAAGGAUUGAUGGGUGCUUUGGCAUUGCUGGAAACAGUGGGUCGCGUCGACGACAAGGACAAGCUGUCGAAGGAUCGGACUUUACUGGAUUACGUGAGAAACAUGCAGAUGGAAUUGCAGACAGGUGCGCCUCCGAAGCGACCAGCAAAGCCGUACUUGAUCAGUUCCAUCAUUGGUCUGGAGCUGUUGGUCUGCAGUCCAGAGUACUGCAAUUACACCCGGUUGCUGGGGUGGGUCAUGCUGCUCAUGUGCUGGAUGGUUUUGAGGGCAGAUGAUGUGCAGUGGAUUGAUCCGUCCCGCAUGCACAUGAAUGGGACCUGCGUGAGGAUGAUUCUGCGCAGGACAAAAACCACCGGCCCGGGGAGAAGAGCAGUAGAAGUCCCCGCCUACGUAGCCCGGGAUGCCUCACUCUCCGGAGAAGAUUGGCUGGGCCGAGGUUGGGAGCUCUACCACUCUGAUGUCUUCCAAAGCGACAGGGAUUAUUUUCUGCCGGGACCCAACAGGGAAUGGAGUGGUGGAGCUCGAAAAUACCUUAGCGUUCAAAAUCUGACCAGCUAUAUGGGGUACGCCCUCUCCGUGGUCAAGAAGCCGCUGCGAGGGGGCCACAAUGCCAAGGCCUGGAUGGAAAGCGGGGAACCAUUGAUCUCAGGUGAGCUCACAAAUUUCUGGAGUGGACACAGCGGAAGAUAUUGGCUUCCCACACAUGCCGCUAACAUCGGCAUACCGAAGGAGCAGCGAGAUUACCUUGGGAGGUGGCAGGCGGGAGCACAGGAAUCAAACGCCUACGUGCUGAGCGCCAAACAGAUUGUCACCUCCAUUCAGAGAGACGUCAACAAGGCCAUCUGUGAAGGCCACGUGGAGCUGACAGAGGGUGAGCUCAUUGAGGAGCUGAAAAAGUAUGCAGAAGAGCGCGGAGUCUUCCAGAGAGAUGGUCGUUGGUUCCAUGUGAUGCUCCGGAUGCAAAACCACCGGUAUGGGUUAAGAACUGAGUACCCAACCCUUCAGUCUUUGAUCGAAGAUGACGAGCUGGAGGAGAUGGUGGCUGGCUGGGCGCAGACAGUGCCGCUGGAAGACACGUCGAAGGCCAGAAGUUCCAAAGAGGCCGCUAAAGAGAUGCAGUACUGGAUCUCUACUUCGAGGAGGACAGGUUUCAGGAGGCUCCAUAAGAAGAGCUGCGCUUGUGGAGUCCUCUACUGGACGGUGGCUUCAUACGAUGAAGUUGCUCAGAUCCCCAAAUCGGGGGUAGAUGCCUGGUGCCGAGUAUGCUUUAGAAAAGAAUUGGAUGAGCAGGAGGAAGAAGACUCCAGCUCCUCGGGAAGCUCUACCAGCACUGAAGAGGAGAAGUGA